CUUCUGAACUAACCUAAGCUUAAAUCGGUCAGAGACUGGCGUUAUUUUGACCUGUUCUGAACACUUUCGUAGACUCACAGCUGAUAUCAUUGUAAGUACGUCGUAGUAACAGAUAGUGGAAGCAACAUGAAUUUAACGCCAAAGUCGUUUAAAGAAAAACGUUCAUUUGCGCAACGAGUUGCUGAUGUAGAACUAAUUAAAGAACAGCAUCCAAAUAAGAUACCUAUUAUCGUUGAAAGAUAUUAUGGAGAAAAACAAUUACCCGUUUUGGCUAAAGCAAAAUUUUUGGUGCCAGAUUAUUUAACGGUAGCAGAAUUUGUAAAAAUAAUUAGACGUAGGCUACAGCUUCACCCAACACAGGCAUUUUUCCUACUAGUAAAUCAAAGAAGUAUGGUUAGUGGUAGUAUGACUAUGGCACAACUUUAUCAGAGAGAACAAGAUGAAGAUGGUUUUCUUUAUGUGGUGUUUGCUAGCCAAGAAGUAUUUGGGCAUUAGUUACAUUGACAUAGUUGAAAAAGUAUUUGGUUUAUAGGUGAAAACAAUAUUUCUGGGAGUAUACUAUGUGCUAAAUGUUUUUAAACAUCUCCUAGGAAGAGUUUUAGAUCUAUUAUUACUUAAAUCUGCCUUUAACUGAAUAUGCAGAAUUUUUGUGAUCAACUCGCAGUACCUGCUGGAAUAAUUAACGGAACAAUGAAGAUUGACAUUUGCGUGUAAAAUCCUUAUGGUGCUUUGGGCCUUCAGUAUAUACAUCAACCAUGUUUUAUAUAAGUUAAAGUUUAAGAUUAAUUUUUUAUAUUAAUGACAGUACUUUCUUCUUAUUGUUUUUAAUGAAUAUAAAACUAAAGUAAGAUUCGUUGUUAAUAGGUAAGGAAAUUAAGUUUAUAUUUUUUAGCAUUAUUAAUCUAAAUUUGCUUGCUUCCAUGUUUAUUUUAUAAAUUUUAAAUAUGUAAAAUGGAAUUCUACUGUAUAAAUAGCAAGUAGUGGCCAGUUACACUUGACAUAUUAUAAAAAAAAAGUGAAACCAAACAUUAUUCUGUGUUUGUUUGCUAUGAUAUAUAUAUAAACUAUGAUAUUAUGGUAA